AAAUUGAUCGGCAUUGGCAUAUUUUUCUGUUGUUUAUUGAAUACAUUACCUACCUACCAUAGCUGGGAUAAUUGCUGUAUUUUCGAUUUAUUGUAUUUUAAUGGCAUUGGGUUUAUUUGUGUCAGAACAGCAUAGGGUUGGACGCGUAGCUGCAGUCCUGUGGUGACCUGGUCUCUGUUGUGUCUGACUGCCCGUGAGCUGUGAUGGCGGACAGUGGCAGUGGACGUCUCAGGGAGGUGCUGCCCCGCCAGGGUCUGCUGCAUUCUGAGGAUGCUCCGAGCAUGGUGCUCUGCAAGCCCAAACUGCUGCCACUCAAGUCUGUGACGCUGGAGAAGAUGGAACAGAUGCAGCGAGAGGCGGACCAGAAGGCCCGUGACCAGGCGCGACAGCCAACCUCCGCUGGCCGGAACUGAACUGCACCACGUCACCGCAACUUGCUGCCAGUCCCACGCAGAGAUCAGACUCCAGCGGAGUUGAGCUUGACUAAACUUUGACAUACUGCUUCUGUGUCGAGGGCCAGUGUAGAGAAACAGUGGGCGAUAAGUGGGACCUGGAGUGAAAACCUGUGGAGCCAUUCUAGCCAAGAACUAAGCUACAGAUUGAUGGGACAUUGACAUAUUAGUUCUGUACAUUUAUUGAAGGUAAUUUAGUAAUUUUGGCCGGGACAGCGUGUGCAUUAUAUCAGAGACACUGAGUGAAUUAUUGGUCACUGCAUGUGAAACGCACAUCUGGCACGCUGAACUACUUAAACCCAAGAAGUGACACAGGCAACUCAGUGGACUGCAAACUUUCUGAGAUCAGUGCACUUUGUAGCCGUAAUCGCUCCACAGUGUAGGUAAAUCCCCAGUGCUGAGUCAGUGAUAUCUAGCAGAAGUCCAUCAAUACCAAACCAUCACGAUGACAGCGGGCCCGCUGUCAGUGGAGAUUGUCGCCACCUUCUGCGUGGCGGCCGCGCUGCUCUACCGGUACGGCGACUGGCGUAACCACCACGUGUUCGUCACGAUCUCGGUGCUGAUCGCCUGGUACUUCUCCCUCAUCAUCGUCUUCGUCAUCCCCAUGGACGUGUCCAGGACGGCGUACAACAAAUGUGUCCGUGAUCACGAUCUGCCUGUGAGCACCACUACCGUGGCACCACCGUCCAACGACACCAUUCUGCCGGACAACGUCACCAUCACCACCGUCACCACCGCCAACACCAGCGUCACCACGGCAGUGCCGUCCACGGCUGCCUUUUUCGGCUCCUCCAGUGACGCGCCGAUCACGGUCGGCCCGUCCCCGGAGCCCACGCCGUGUGAGCGGCCCUGGAGCUACGUUUCCGAGGCAGUGAUGAUUGACCUGUGGCGCGUGGUCUACUGGACCUCGCAGGCGCUCACCUGGCUCAUCAUGCCGAUGACGCAGUCGUACACCCAGGCAGGGGACUUCACCGUCAAGGGGAAGCUGCGCACGGCGCUGGUGGAUAACGCGAUCUAUUACGGGUCGUACCUGAUCAUCGCGAUCAUUCUGCUGAUCUACAUCAGCACGCAGCCGGGCGUCCAUGUCGACGGACCGCACCUGAAGCUGAUCGCCUCGUCUGCCAGUAACACGUGGGGCCUAUUCCUGCUGGUUCUGCUGCUCGGUUACUCCCUAGUGGAGGUGCCGCGUGCACUGUGGCACGCCGCUCAGCGCGGCUGGAGCCUCCGGCACGGCUACUUCCGAGUGGCCAAACUGAGCGCCGAACGCUCCGAGGCAGAGGAGGCCCUCGAUGACGUACUGGAUUCGUUGCAGCUGGCUUCGGAGGCGAUCAGCGGCAGCCACCCGCUGCGGCCCUGCGUGGACACGGUGCUGGCCAAGGUCCCCGGCGGGCUGCAGCAGAGGAUGAAGCGCCGCCAGAGGGCCGGGGACGCGGCGCCCAUGCCCACCCAGAAGUCGCUGGUGGCGCUGCACCGGCAGGUGAUCCGGGCUCUGCAGCACCACCACCGCACUGAGGCCCAGUGGGAGAUGCUAAUAGAGGAGGUGAUCGAGCUGGAGGACGUAUCUGAGAACCAGCGACACCGAGACGGCUACUUCAAGCCGAGUCUGCCCCGACCGCCCAGCUGGACCAGUCUCAUCAUCGGCGCGCGGCUAGAAUGGUACUGGAAGUGCCGUCUGCGCGGAUAUGCACUCCGCUGCCUCUCUGUGGUCUGCGCCAUCACAUCCUUCAUGGUGGUCUGGUCCGAGCUCACCUUCUUCAACAAGAGCCCGACACUGUCACUGUUCGCAGUCUUCAUCAACGCCGCAAAGUCCAACUACGACUAUCUGGCGAUUGAGGUGAUAUCUAGUCUGACAAUAGCAUACCUCUGUGUCUGUACUUACUACACGAUAUUCAAGAUUCGCGUGUUGAACUUCUACUACCUGGCUCCGAACCACCAGACAGAUCAGCACAGUCUCAUCUUUUCGGGAAUGCUGCUGUGUCGUCUGACCCCACCGCUCUGCCUCAACUUCCUGGGUAUGAUCCACAUGGACAGUCACAUCAUCAAGGACAGGGUGGACGAGACGGCCUAUACCAAGAUCAUGGGCCACAUGGACGUGCUGGCCAUCCUGUCGGAGGGCUUCAACAUCUACUUCCCCAUGUGCGUGCUGGCCUUCUGCCUGGCCACGUGGUUCUCGCUGGGCGCGCGGCUGCUCAGCUUCCUCGGCUUUCAGCAGUUCCUCGACCAGGACGAGAUCACCACCGAUCUGACGGACGAGGGCCGCGAGCUGGUGCGUCGAGAGCACCGGCGCCGGCAGCGGCAGAGCGGUGCCGAGACGCGCCCCGCCCCGCGCACCGACUCCGCCCCCACCGGCGGAGGAGGAGGAGGGUGGGGCAGCCAGGCGUACCGCGCCGCCGUGCAGCGCGCCGAACAACGCAUGCGCUCGUUCCUGCCCCGCUCUGAGUCGGGUGAGUCGGCGCGGCUGGAGCUGCUCGGGUCGCCCGACCCGCCGUUCCCGGGCAGGGAGCGGCCGGCACGCGACUCCUGGACCGAGCCCGACGUCGAGAGCGUCGGACGCGUCGGGGACGACGGCUUCAGCUACAGCCGCACCGGCCGGCCCGCCGCGCCCAGAGGCAUCUUCGACGACGUGUGAGCGGGAUGGGCGGGACGGGAGGAUAUGUGUGCUGGACGGGAGGAUUGGUAGGAGUGAUGGGUUGCUAAGUCAAGUCAGGACUGGUCAGUCGGCGGGCGGCAGUCCGAGCUGCCACCGAGCAGCGGGAGGGCUGCCAUAUGGAGGCGGACAGGCGGCUGCCAUAUUUUCGCCGGGUGGGUGGAUACCGAACACACACUGGAUCGAUAGCCUACAUUAUCAGUGUUGCGGCUUCUCGGUCCAAGUGUAUCUCUCUAAUGCAUUCCAGUGGUAUUUGAUAGAGAAGGGAACUCGGCGCAGGGUCAGCAUUUUAUGGGAAGUUCGUCCAGCAGCAGUCACAGACGUGGGUGGCAUUUUAUAUCGCGUGCACAGAGUAUGAUUCUAUUUACGGAGGCAGCAGCCGCCGGGGGCGAGCCAUCACGUCGCUAACGAUCUACCAAUAAAUACGUUUUUAAGACCUAUAAAGACAGCAGGCUGCUAAGCUGCCGUCAGUUCGCGCCGUCGUUGGGAAGGUUAUUUAUGCUAUUUAUUUCGCUUUAUGGGUGUCAGCUUCCUGCAGUCCGUUGGGACGCGUAGGUUGUGACGCGUCAGCACAAGGUCAUUAUUUAGUCGUCGGUGUGCCAGCUAUAGCCGUGCUGUCUAUACACUAAUGUACGCUGCUGUUUUGUAUAUGCACUGUGAUGAUUUGCCACUGGUAUCGUAUUUGCUGUGUGAGAGGUUGUGCGCUUGAAUUUACGAGAAAUGCCGAUUUUGCUUUAUCAAAGAUUGUGGUGGCUAUUUCAUGGAAAUGACGGUGUAAGGUGAUUUAUUCGGGCAUUUCUUUAACUCCGUGCGGUGUGCCUGUAGUUUCCUGUCUGCGUGUCAGAACAUGUGUCUUGGGACCCGGUAUGUCACAGUGGAGCUUCUUCAUUCGCCAUAACCGGCCUCCGCUGUCCGUCGCACCGGGGCCGGAGCUUUCUUCAUGUGAUUCUUCUUUUCACGUCUGAGAGUUUGUGCUGGAUGACUGGGGUUGGGGUGAAGUGAUAGGGGCGAGUGUGCUGACGCGGACUGACUAUCCGCAGUCGAGUCAGGGCAGGCUCGGGUUGUAUUCUGCGAUCUCAGCUGUCUAGGAUCGGUAUAGCUUCUGGUCGGAAUAUACGUGUCCAAUAUUA